UGUACACACUGACAACACAGCCGCAGCCAACUUCACGUUGGUUAUGACUAGUAGAAAUCUGUUUGUGUUGCCGACAAAAUAAAAUUCGUUUAGUCUGAAAAUAUAAAAGAAACGCAAAAUGGGCCAAAACCAAUCGGCACAGGGAGGAGCAGGUGACAAGAAAGAUGACAAAGACAAAAAGAAGAAAUACGAGCCACCAAUUCCAACUCGCGUUGGCAAAAAGAAGCGUCGCGCCAAGGGUCCUGAUGCGGCCAUGAAGCUGCCCCAGGUGACGCCUCACACGCGCUGUCGUCUAAAACUGCUAAAACUGGAGCGCAUUAAGGAUUACCUGAUGAUGGAGGACGAGUUCAUACGCAAUCAGGAGCGCCUUAAGCCACAAGAUGAGAAGAAUGAGGAGGAGCGGUCCAAGGUUGAUGAUCUGCGCGGCACACCAAUGUCGGUGGGUAAUCUGGAGGAGAUUAUCGAUGAUAAUCAUGCCAUCGUGUCCACUUCAGUGGGUUCGGAGCAUUAUGUUAGCAUUUUGUCCUUUGUCGAUAAGGACCAACUAGAGCCUGGUUGCUCUGUGCUGCUCAAUCACAAGGUCCACGCUGUUGUCGGUGUGCUGAGCGACGACACAGAUCCCAUGGUCACAGUGAUGAAACUAGAGAAGGCGCCACAAGAAACCUAUGCCGAUAUUGGUGGUUUGGAUACGCAAAUUCAGGAAAUCAAAGAAUCUGUUGAGCUGCCUUUGACGCAUCCCGAAUACUAUGAAGAAAUGGGCAUUAAACCACCCAAGGGUGUCAUUCUCUAUGGUCCACCAGGCACUGGAAAAACGCUGCUGGCAAAGGCGGUAGCUAAUCAGACUUCGGCCACUUUCUUGCGUGUUGUGGGCUCCGAGCUGAUACAAAAGUACUUGGGCGAUGGCCCAAAGUUGGUGCGUGAGCUCUUCCGUGUGGCCGAGGAGCAUGCGCCCUCCAUUGUGUUCAUCGAUGAAAUCGAUGCUGUGGGCACGAAGCGUUACGACUCCAAUUCUGGUGGCGAGCGUGAAAUUCAACGUACUAUGUUGGAGCUACUCAAUCAAUUGGACGGUUUCGAUUCGCGGGGCGAUGUGAAAGUCAUCAUGGCAACUAAUCGUAUUGAGACACUCGAUCCGGCGCUUAUACGUCCGGGACGUAUUGAUCGUAAGAUAGAAUUUCCACUGCCUGAUGAGAAGACCAAACGUCGCAUUUUCACCAUACACACUUCCCGCAUGACGCUGGCCGAGGAUGUCAAUUUGAGUGAACUGAUUAUGGCUAAGGAUGAUCUGUCUGGUGCGGACAUUAAGGCGAUUUGUACAGAAGCUGGAUUGAUGGCAUUGCGCGAGCGUCGUAUGAAGGUGACCAAUGAGGACUUUAAGAAAUCCAAGGAGAGCGUUUUGUACCGCAAGAAGGAAGGCACACCCGAGGGAUUGUAUUUAUAAGCCAAUUUUUACAUAAUUUUCAGUUAAUCUACAAUAUAAUUCCUAAUCAACCACAACACGAAACAUUAAACCAGGUUAAUACUUAAAUUA